CCGAAGAGCUUCAUUCGAUUAUAUCAAGGUCACGAAUGAAUGACGUCCAAACGAACCACUGCAUACGCAUUCAACGCUCACGACGAUCAUGUCACAGAACACCUCAUGGCGCAGGCUCUACGAUUGCGUCAUUCCUCGACAGGCCCUGCCAGGCCCUCAAAGCGAACGGCACUCUACAUAACCACCCCACUGCUCCUGUCUACUUGGGCGGCGGCUUGACGAACACGCCGCCCUGUCCGUAUGCGGCAGCUGACAGCUCUGCAGCGUACUUGGCCUCGUAGGCGCCGAAGGUGUAAUAGCCGCAGAAGAAAAACACCAGGAAGGGGUAGAAGAAAAUGCCAUAGAACUGCGCGGGGGAGUGCGUCCACGAUACAGGGCUGCCAUACCAGUUGCUGCACACAACACAAACAACCAAAUCACACACAGAUCAGAGAGGUGCAGGCCCUUUGGUGUGACGGCAUCUUCCCCUUUGCUUCUCUCACAGCGUACCGCAUCCAGAAUUUGUUGACCUCCUCGCCCAGCAGCUUGACGCCGCCGCCCCACGCCUGCUCCACUGUCACGCCUUCACAGCUGGCCCAUGUCCUUCGCCAGAAAUUUGGAGAGAUCAGCGACGCCAAGCCGCCCGCAACCCUCCACGCAGUUUCCAUCGGCUGCCUGACGAGGGAGCUUUAAGCCUCUUUC